AUGUUAAUCUUGCGUUCGUUCAAAGGAAUACCGACAAAAACUGGAAGCGGUAAAUCGCUUUCUUAUGAAUCUGUCCCGGUUAUAGUGUCAGAUCCAGUUUGUGUGCUCAUCAUCGAGCCUCUCAAUUCUAUCAUGGACGAACAGAAGAAAAAAUUAGAAGGUUUCGGCUUUCGAUGCGCAGUGAUCCACAGUGGGCAGGAAGAUAUCGACGUAAAAGCAGUAAAGUUUAUUUUUACAAGCCCAGAAAUAGCUGUAGGAGAUACCAAACUUCGAAAACAGUUCUAUACUACAGAAUUUAAAGAAACCUUGAAGUUAAUUGUUGUGGAUGAAGCUCACACGGUUUUGCAGUGGGGUGAGAGCCAUGAAGGAAACGACCCAUUCCGUGAAUACUUCUCAAGGAUAGGAGAGUUGAGGUCAGUCUUUCUGAAUGUACCUGUCAUGGCAUUGACGGCAACAGCAUCACCAUUAAAAAGAAAACGAAUAAUGAAGAGUCUUUGUUUGAAUGACUGUGUAACCAUUUUGGAUUCUCCAGAUAGGACAAACAUAAAAAUAUCCACUGCAAAAAUUUCAAAUAUAUCAAAAGCACAGGAUUAUUUUACUCCUCUUUUAGAUGAUGUUGAAACACAGAAAGACAGCUAUCCGAGAACACUUAUUUUUGGUACAUUGAUUAAUGACUGUGCAAAGGUAUAUAUUUAUUUCCUUGAACGAUUUGGUCGUCAGAGUACUUUAUUCAAUAUGUAUCACAGCGAAACAAAAGAUUAUGUAAAGGCAUCAAUAAGAGAGGAUAUGAACUUAGAAAAUGGCAAUAUUCGUGUGUUGAUCUGCACGAAUGUUGCUGGAAUGGGAGUGAAUUUCCGAGGUGUCCAGCAAAUCAUUCAUUAUGGACUACCUCGUGAUAUGGAUACUAUCAACAUAAUUUAA